CUGAGGAAUUGUGUUGUGGUCAGAGCAGACGUACACAUUCUCACACACAGGCCGAGUUUGUUGUUGCAGCCAGACAAUCUUAAAGAGCCAGAGUGGGUCUGCCAUGGAUUUAAUGGAGCUGUUCUUUGUCUGCCUUGGUGCUGCAGUCGUAGUCUUUUAUGGAGUGAAAAUGGUCCGCUUCGCUAAGAUGCUUUAUCCCAGAGUUUGCUUUCCGCAGCCAGAUUCCUUCUUUACAUCAAUGGGAGAGUGGGCAGUGGUCACUGGUGGGUCAGACGGGAUAGGGAAGGCUUACGCCUUUGAGCUGGCAGGACGUGGGCUGAACGUGGUGAUCCUGAGCAGAACCAAGGACAAACUGGACCGGGUGGCACUGGAGAUAGGAGAAACCACGGGUCAGAAAGUGAAAGUGAUCGUAGCUGAUUUCACUGAGGAUGACAUGUAUGAACACAUUGAGGAGAACCUGAAAGGCUUAAAUAUCAGUGUAUUAGUGAACAACGUGGGGAUUCUGCCUAGUCAUAUUCCCUGCAAGUUCCUGCAGACUAAGGACCUGGAACAGAGAAUUACAAAAGUGAUCAACUGCAAUGUGAAAGCCUUGGUCAAGAUGUGCCAAAUAGUCCUGCCAGGGAUGGAGAAGAGGUGUUUUUGGAGAGUAUUUGAGACUUCACAUUGUCAACGAAAUCCAAAAGGGAAGGGAGUGAUCGUGAACAUCUCCUCUGGUGUGGCCAGUGUUCCCUCCCCCAUGUACACCAUGUACUGUGCAUCAAAGGUGUUUGUGGAGAGGUUCUCUCAAGGUCUGCAGGCUGAAUAUAAAGCAAAAAGAGUCAUGAUACAGGCAGUGGCUCCAUUUGGGGUGUCCACCCCAAUGACGGGCUACCAGAAGUCCAACAUGGUGACCCUGACAGCGGAAGACUUUGUCAGGACAUCCCUGGAGUACCUCCAAGCCGGGGACAAGACCUACGGCAGCAUCUGUCACACAGUACUGGCUUGGAUGGUACAGGCUGUUCCUCAGCAGAUCCUUCACAGUGAGACCAUGCAGGACAGUCUACUGGAGUAUGUGAAGAAAAGAGUGGGGACAUAGUGCAUGGGUUGAUCUCCUAUGACCUAUGUUAUCAUCAUGUACUGUAUGCAUGUCUGUACAUAAGAUAUGAUGCCUUUUAUAUAACUUUUUCUCAUGUAUGUAUUUCUAAAACAAGAGGACUCUAAAGGCAUUUUUAACUCAUUCUUCUAUGUGAUACUGACUGAAAAUGAGAAGUCACACCAACCUUUCCCAGCAUGCUCUGCUGUGGGUCGAUAUGUUGGAAUCUGUGUUUUUGUAAUGUACAUUGAGUGAUUGAUUAAUCUUAUACUACACAAAGAUAUAUAACAUACUUUUUAUAAACUAAUCCAAUAA